CGGAGCUGGGCGCGGGGCGCCAGGAGCCGCGCGGCCUGAGAGACUCCGAGGCUUCAGUAGCCGCGCGAAGGCUGAGGCGACCUCAGAGGCGAAGGCGGUGCCGGGCCUCAAAGCCACAGCCGCAGCCAGCCCAAGCGCAGCAGCGCGGCGGCCACCGCGGGAACCCCCUGGGCCACCGUCCGCCCGCGCAGCCGCCGCCGCCGCGGGAGCCCGUCGCCGGGAGCAGCUGCGGGCGGAGGACAACGGAGGGCCGGAGCGCCCGAGCCGCGCCGCGGGGACCGAGCGAGCAGCCCGAGGCGGCGGCGGCCGAGGACGGGGACGGCGACGACACGGAGAGGGAGCUCCCUGGCCCGGCCCAGCCCCGUCUAGCAGGUAGAGUGCAGUGGAAGCCUCUGUUGCUGCCGUCAUGCCGUUCCCAUUUGGAAAGUCUCACAAAUCUCCGGCAGAUAUUGUGAAGAACCUGAAGGAGAGCAUGGCUGUUUUGGAAAAGCAAGACAUUUCUGACAAAAAAGCAGAAAAGGCUACAGAAGAAGUUUCCAAAAAUUUGGUUGCCAUGAAAGAGAUUCUGUAUGGCACAAAUGAAAAAGAACCUCAGACAGAAGCAGUAGCUCAGCUGGCCCAAGAGCUAUACAAUAGUGGACUCCUUAGCACUCUAGUGGCUGAUUUACAGCUCAUUGACUUUGAGGGCAAAAAAGACGUGGCUCAAAUUUUCAACAAUAUUCUCAGAAGACAAAUUGGUACAAGAACUCCUACUGUCGAAUACAUCUGCACCCAACAGAAUAUUUUGUUCAUGUUAUUGAAAGGGUAUGAAUCUCCAGAAAUAGCUCUCAAUUGUGGAAUAAUGUUAAGAGAGUGCAUCAGACAUGAACCACUUGCAAAAAUCAUUUUAUGGUCGGAACAGUUUUAUGAUUUCUUCAGAUAUGUUGAAAUGUCAACAUUUGACAUAGCUUCAGAUGCAUUUGCUACAUUCAAGGAUUUACUCACGAGACAUAAAUUGCUCAGUGCAGAAUUUUUGGAACAGCAUUAUGAUAGAUUUUUCAGUGAAUAUGAGAAGCUACUUCAUUCAGAAAAUUACGUGACAAAGAGACAGUCACUGAAGCUUCUUGGUGAACUGCUGUUAGACAGACACAACUUCACGAUUAUGACAAAAUACAUCAGUAAACCUGAGAACCUCAAGCUGAUGAUGAACCUCCUCCGAGACAAGAGCCGAAACAUCCAGUUUGAGGCCUUUCACGUGUUCAAGGUGUUUGUGGCCAACCCCAACAAGACACAGCCUAUCCUAGACAUCCUCCUCAAGAACCAGACCAAACUCAUUGAGUUCCUCAGCAAGUUUCAGAACGACAGGACAGAGGACGAGCAGUUCAAUGAUGAGAAGACCUAUUUAGUCAAACAGAUCAGGGAUUUGAAGAGACCAGCUCAGCAAGAAGCCUAAUUUCCAACAAACACCACAAUAUCCCAUCCAACUUCAGCACUUGCUGUUAGCUACUCAGCAUCAGGCACUCUUAAAGAUUCAUGAGGAACAUUACUGCUAAUCUGCUGUUAAGUGAACGGUUUUCAUUUUACCUUUUUGUUUUUCAGUCCAGGUUGGAGAACGUAGCUGCUGCUGCUUGCACAUUAGCGCGCACGUGGUCUUUCCCUUGACUUCUGUCAUUUCAGAACUCACAGACUCCAUUUGCUACAGGAGUUCUGAACAUGGCUGAGUUCAUGCAGGCUAAUGUAUGAUGAAAGUGGUCUAGGGAAAAGACGAUGAUGACGUCAGCUGACACCUGCUCAUCAGCAAUGCUCUGUGCAGAUCUCUGCAGUGUGGACGGGCACACUGGCGUCCCAGAGCCAGAUCAGCCACUGUCGCCGAAAGAACAGAGGGGAACUGUGUCCAAUGUGAGCUUUGGGGAGGAUAAAGUUGACGUGCAAAUAAAUUGAUACUGAAACUUAGCAGCUUCUCAAGUGUGGAGCUUCAUAAGGUCAUAAGGAAAGUGUAUAUAUGCUUUUCACAGCUUUCUAGAACUUUUUGACAUUUGAUUUUCUUGAGACUUGUGAACCUGGAUGUGCAGAAAGCUAUUUGUUCAUUUUACUUUUGAAGGUAUUUUAAAACAGUAGAGCUAGCAGCGACAACUUACGUUUCAUUUCAAUACUGCUUACAGGUUUCUUUUGUAUAUAAUUCUUAGAAUGCUCAUUUCUUUUAAAUCGUUUAAUUUGUACAGCAGAGGAAUGUUAUUGUAGUAGUAUGUAACUAUUACCUGAGUUUUGCAAAAAAAAAAAAUGCUCAUAUGUAAUUGAAAUACUUGAGAUCACAUGAAAAUGCUGAUUUUAACAUUUAAGGAUCACAGCACUAAAAGAAAAAGAACCAAUCCCUUGUAUUCAGUUACCCAGUGGGGCACCGUUGGCAGGUGGAAGUACAGACCUGAAACUCAGUCCUCUACAUGGACUUGCAGAAUAUUGGCCUUAUUCAUUUAAAAUGAGUCCUAAGAUUGCCAUAUCUAUGAAUGAUACAGAUUAUGCUAAUAAUGCUGAUUCUUGUGGGGUCGGGGGGCCUCUGUAGAGCACCCUUUCUUUCUUAGAGUAAGUAAUAUCCAGUACAGUAGUCGUGAAACUGAAUAAUUAAAACUUUGGCUUCUCUUAGGAAAAGAAGAGCGAGCCCUAGUCCUAGAUGUCCUCUGAGGAGAUUGUUUUUAAUGUCCUUUUCCUUAAUGCUGCAAAUUAUCAGUAUUUAUAAAGCAACUGAUUUUGCACCACUUUUUGUGACUGUGACCACAGCAGAACAAUGUCUCCUAGACUGAAUCUCCAUGAAGUUACUAGGAUGGGGUCUGUUUGUCUCAGUGACACACAGGUCACAACUAACAACUUAAAAUCUGAGUUUGCCCAAUCCAGUUCAGCAUGGCUGUAGCUGACUGAAACAAUGACGAUUCUCUGCUAGCCUUUCUUACAAACUGAACAAUUCAUUGGCCAAUAAAAGGAGCCUCCUGGCUGCGGUUUGAGCAGGUUUAAGGUUUCCUUCAGGGAACACAGUCAGAAAAAACACUCCAGAAGAUUCAGGUGUGUUCUUUCUGUUUCGUUUAGAUGGCAGUGUACAAUAGAUUCCAAGGCUCUCUCCACCAGGGUGUGUGUGGGAGAGGAGAAGAGAGGGAGAAUUCCUGUUGACUAGUAGAAAUAGGGAAAGCUUUCAGUCUCCUGGACUAAGAAAUCCUCAGCAGGAGGCAGACUCAGCUGAGCUGACCAGUCCUUGCCAUCCAGUGCUGUGGGUCAGGAUUUAGUGCGACAGCAGUCGAUACACCAAGUGGAAGGGUGUCUCCUUGCCAAGCUCGCUCUUAGAACUCCAGCAGAAAACAGCUUCCACUUGGGCAGACAAAGUAGUGCGAGGGUCCUGGUGUGGAAGAUGAAUGCAGUGUGUCAAAGAAAUGUGUGUUACUAAUGCGUUGGAAGCUGGAGGCAGAGAAGGCUCUGGAUUGUUUUUAAACAGAACAAUGUGAAAACAUUCAAAAUUGGAAAAUGCAUUUGACCUGUGAUCAUUUACUAGGUUCCUAUUACCAAAACAAUUAUCCUGGGUGUGGUUUCUUUGGUGUUAUAAAGGGUUAAUUUUACUUAAGGCAGUUACUUAAUGUGAUUUUUUUUUUUAAACCCUUAAAAAAGUGGGAGAUGUAUACAAUUGUUAAUGAUACGAAAGUGUUUCCUUUCUCCUAAGGAAAAGUGAAUUUCUUAUCAGAAUAUCUGGCUGGCCCUGUAAUUUAAAUUAAAAUAAAAUUUUGGAGAAAUUGA